CAUACCUGCUUCUGUUCGAUGUAAGCGUUCAUCCGUGAGCGGUCCACGUCCGAGAGUCCGCUGAAGUCCAUUGUGGUGAGGGGAGUGGUGGUGGUGCCUGGGGGGGUUGCUUAUGUAGAUAGAUAGAUAGAUAGAUAGAUAGCAGUGGGGCUGUUCUUGUCGCUGCUGUGUCGCCGGUCGUUGCUCCGAAUGUCGUCUGAAUGCAGGAGUGCCGUUGGGGACGCGUCUCUUGUGCGCCUCCAUCCGUCAGAACGACACUCUGCGGCCGUCUGCCUGCCUGCCAUCACUGCCGCUUCCCAACGUUCAACCCCAACCCCCAUCGCAACCGUGUAUUCCUUCGGCCACAAUCCGGGCAUGCGGCCCCUCAUCGCUAUGGAGAGGUCCGUCAACAAACUGACCUCAAAGACUAUCAAACCGCUCAAGCCCAAGCAUGUUCAGAUAUUGACUGGAGCAUCAUGGCAGCGAGAAAUCCCCAUAUCGGAGUUGUUCCGAUACAUCAACCACCGGUUGAGGGAAGACCAUUGGGUGAUAACAUUCAAAGCCCUAAUAACAAUCCACAUCCUAAUGCGCGAAGGCGCCACCGACCGCGUCCUCGGCUUCAUCGUCAGCAACCCGGGUUUGCUACGGAUGCACAACUUCCGCGACCGCACCAACACCGCACUGGGCCAGGAGCAGUCCAAGAACCUGCGCGCUUAUUCGCAGUAUCUCGAGGAGAAGGUGGCGGCAUUUAAGGAGCUUAAAGUGGAUUUUGUGAGGAGCAAGGCGGAUAUGAUUGCGAGGUUGAGGAGUUUGCCGGUCGAAGAUGGGUUGUUGAAGGAGGUGGAGCUUUUGCAGAAGCAGAUUGAUGCGCUGCUUGGGUGUACUUUCUACCUGGAGGAAAUCGAUAAUGUUGUAACCCUACAAGCAUUCCGACUCCUCAUCGGCGAUAUGAUGGCGCUCUUCCAUCUCCUAAACGAAUCAGUCAUUCGCAUUCUCGGGGAAUACUUCGAAAUGUCGAAAAGCGACGCGGAACGAGCCCUCCAGAUCUACAAAAACUUUGCAACACAGACCACCAAAACCGUCGAAUUCUUCGAUAUCGCCCGGCGGCUGAAGCACGCCCUUGGUAUGGAUGUUCCUGCGUUUAAACACGCACCGGUGUCGUUGGCGGGAGCGCUGGAGGAUUAUUUGAAGGCGCCGGAUUUUGAGGCGCAGCGGAUGGCUUAUAAGGAGAAGAAGGGGGGUAAGACAGGUGGAACCGCGUCGGCUUCUGCUCCGGCUUCGAAAGGAACGGCAGCCACCUCAACGCAAUCAUCAACCCAACCCACCUCCACCUCCAAGCAACCCGAGAAACCAGCAAUCGACUUUUUCUCCAGCCUCGACGACGAACUAAGCGCUUUCCAAGCACCCGCCGUCCAAGCCCAAUACAACACCGCCGCCGACCCCUUUGGCGGACUCUGGGGCGGCGGCCAGGACGGCGGCGCAAGUGCUGCCAGCAACCCGUUCGGAGCAGUACAGACCACCAACCCAUUCGCUCUGAAGAAUCAGGAACUGCAGCAGCAGACGCAGGAUAUCAAUAGCCAGUUGCAGGCUUUGCAGGCGGGGUUGAAUACGUUUAAUGUGCAGGGGGCGGCGGAUCCGUUCGGUGGUGGUGGUGGUGCGGGUGGGCAGAUGGUACUAGCCAGCCAGGGCGGGUUCCCGAUGCUGCAGCAACAGCAGUCUCAAUCGCAGUUUGGGGGUUACUCCCCCUUCGCGAUGCCCCAGCAACAACAACAACAACCACAGGGAUUCGGCGCCGGGGGAGGCGCCUUCACCGUCGAAAACGUUUUCGGAAACAACGACGCGUUCGGCAGCGGCGGAGGUGGUGCAGCACCAGCAACCCGAAACAACCCCUUCGGCGGCCCCACCACCGCCGCCCUCCCCGCCCCGCUCGCCACCCAACAAUCCUCCACCGACCCUUUCGCAGGCCUCGGACUCCCCCAACAGCAACCGUCAACAACAAACCCCACCCUGGACCCGUUCGGUUUGAACCGCCAACCGACGACGUUCGGGAACAAUGGCAUGCAACAAGGCGCGUUUGCCGCGUUACAGGGCCAGGCUACCGGUGCAGGCUCGUUAAAUAACCCGUUCGCGUCUACCGGCCAACCACAACAACAACAACAACAACCAUUCGCCCCCCGCUCAACCACCACAACAACAGGGGGCGGCGGCGUUUAACCCGUUUGGAGCGCCGGCUGCGGCUGCGGCUGGGAUGGGCGCUGGUGGCGCCGGUGCGGUGCCGUUUGGGAAUUUUGCGAAACAGGAUUCAU